GGAGACCUCCCCGAGGGGGCGAAUGCGGCUCCCGCCCGCUGACGCCUGCCAAGAUGGCGGCUCCCGAGGAGGGGGGCGCUGAGGCGCCGCCGCCCCCUCCUCCCGCCCCCGCUGAGGACGAGCCCCCCGGAGCGGCGCCCGCCGCCUGCGGGGCGCUCCCCGGCGCGGCGGCGGAGGAGCUGGCGCCGAGCGCGGCCGCCCUGGAGGGCGGCGCGGCGGCCGCCGGCGCCGUGCGCUACCCGCAGGCGGGCGGGGGCCCGGCGGAGGGCGCGGGGCCGAGCGCCGAGGAGCGGCGGCCGCGGCGGCGGCUGGAGCAGCUGGCGGCGCCGGGGCCGGCCGAGCCGCCGCCGCAGCCGCCGCGGCGCGCCGCCACGCCGCUGGCCCCCGAGGAGCUGCGGCGGGUCAUCGCGCAGGUGAGCAAGGCCCAGGAGCAGCAGAAGGCGCCGCCCGCCCUCCUGGAGCCCCGCGCCGCCGGGGACCCGCCGCCCGCGGACGCGCGCCCCGCGCCGGAGCCGCCGCCGCUGGCCAGCAUCAUGCACAACGCGGCGCAGCAGCUGCAGAGCGUGGCCCAGCAGGUCGCCCUCCAGCAGGGCAAGCCCAUGGCGGCCCGGCUGCUUCCGCAGAAGCAGCUGGAAGCCAUUUGUGUCCAAGUUCAGCCAGGACAGAUGAAGGAAACGGAAAGGCCAAUGCCAUCAUUGGCAUCAGUCCAGUCCAAAACUAUAACGCUGAGUCAGCCAGUUGGUAGAAAUUCUAGUAUAUCUGGACUUGGCAUUAUUAAUCCCCAGAUAAUUAGGAUACAGCCAGUAACAGGAACUGAGCAGCAGCAGCUAUUCCUACACAGUUCCUCUGAGUCUCCAAUUCAGCUGCUUAUGCAGAGACCUUUACCACCUCAUGGAUCAGUGUCUAUGAACAAGAUCCCCCCAUGUAAGAUGCUAAAUGGUCAGAGAACUACAUGUGCCACAGUGUCAGCUGCGAGGUCUCCAAAUACUACCAUGGCUGCAGCCAAUUCAACAAAUACUCUGAUAUCAUGCCUUGAAAAAAAACAAAAAGAUGACAAGUUAAAAAAGUCUUUGAAAGUGAAGACUCGUUCUGGACGGAUUUCACGGCCUCCAAAAUAUAAAGCUAAAGAUUAUAAAUUCAUUAAAAUGGAGGAUUUGGCUGAUGGUCAUCAGUCUGACUCUGAUGACUACUCUGAACUGAGUAUAGAAGAUGAUGAAGAAGGAAAGGUGAAGGGAAAGGAUGCAUUAUUCAAUUCUUCAAAUUAUAAUCUGAAACCCAAAAUGUUUAAAUGUCAGACUUGUGAAAAAUCCUAUAUAGGAAAAGGAGGAUUAGCAAGACAUUAUAAACUUAAUCCAGGUCAUGGACAGCUGGAGUCUUCACCUCAAGGAAUACCUUUAAAUAAGCCUAAUGGAAGUAUAUUUGUGGACAAUGUUUGUGGAAUAGGAGAGGAAAUUACAAGCCCAGCGCACUCAGAUUCCAUUGCUGUCAUUUUAAAUAAUGAAAAUGCACUAGCCACCAAUUUGGAAGAAACUGUUGCCUCACAGGCUGGAGAACAGACUUGUAAGUCUGCAGAAAGCAGACACUUGUUGGCAGAACAGCAAAAGGAGACCAGUUCAGGACACCGGGCACCUGUAACACCAAAAGGACCUGGAAGACCCAGACGACCUAAGAGACGAGGUCGACCAAGGAUGGGUGGAAGAUCCAGGUGUUCUGGAAGGCUUAGCAGACCUGGUCAGUCCCCUUCAAAGUCACUUAGUGGUGUGUCAGCAGAGCACAAUGUAUUCAGAAGAAAAGCUAGAUUAAAAGAGCUAAUACAACAAUGUGAUAAUGAAGACUUAAUGGAGCUGGCUCUCCCCCGUCUUGCAAAGCUUGUAACAGUAUAUGAAUUUCUGUUGAUGAAGGUUGAAAAAGGAUAUCCAGCCAGAGCUUGCUUUCCGGACGUGUAUAGGGAAUUUGAAGAGUUGCAUAAUAUGGUAAAGAAAAUGGCUUAUGAUUACCUUAGUAAUUCUGAUUUGUUGAGUUGCCAGGAGCCUGUUGAAAUAAAAGAUCUGAAGGUUGCUGAAUCUCUAGGACUUACAGAAAUACUCACUGGAGAACAAAAGAUGCAAGGUGUAGACUUUUGUUCACAACAUAUAAUAAAAAUGGUUAGUGAGCAAGUGCCUGUGGAUAUACUGGGACAAAAACGGUUAGCUGAGAGCUCAGGGGAGGAACUCUUGCCAUCAGCCAAAAGGACCAAGUUAGAAGACGUAAUGGAGAAUGUGAAUAAUGCUUAUGCCAGUCAAGAUGAAGUGAAAGAAAAGAGUGGGAGUUUGUGUACACUGUUUGAAAAAGAUGGUUUUAAUCCAUUAAAUGGGGAAAUCUUGCUUUCAGAAGAUAGAGCUAUCACAUGCUGCUCAACUGGAAGCAUAUUGCCUACAGCAGAGGAACAUAACUCACUUGUUGAUUCAGAAGUUAGAAUCAAUGCUGAACAUUCAGGUACCUUCUCUCAGACUAUGAAAAUAAGCAUGGCGUAUUCCCAGCCAGUAAAUAUACAGGGACCAGAUAUUGCAGGUGACACAUCUCUGCUAAACAGUGAAGCUGUAUUGCCUGUUGAAGCUGAUGGCUCACUAGAAUUAGUUCAAGCACACCACUUUGUGAGAACGAAUACAAGUGGACUGUCAGCUCCUGAACUCUGCAGCUCUGUAUCAGAGAAUGCAAUGAGCAGUCAGAGCACUAGUUUAUCAAUGAUUGAAGAAAAUGGACACAAUGGAAAAUAUCAGAAACUGCAAGACAAAAACCAGAAUUUUGCAAUUAAAGAGCAUUCUGAACAGCUUCAUGAUGCUGGUAUCACUGAUGAGAUGCAGCAACUUGAAAAAGUUUUUUCAACGAAUGUUGUGCCAAUAAACCAUCCACACAGUGCUCAGACUGAGUUGCACCAGAAUCCUGUGCAGGAAGCCUCCUUGUCUGCUCAUGCAAACCAUGAAAGCCCUUUUAAAAAUGUGCAUGAAUUUUCUUGUGUGACAGGGGAGCCACAUGAGCUGGAAAAUACAGUUACUGUAGAUGAAACUGUAGCUUUUGAGAUUACUGAUGACAGCCAUGAUUUUUUGUCUCAGGGACAUGAACAGAUUUUUAUUCAGACUACAGAUGGGCUUAUCUUAUCUCAUCCAGAUACUGCUGUUUUGUCUCAGGCAGAAGGCAUUGUUAUUGUAACUGAUUCUGAUGGUACUACAAUGCAUAUUCGCACACCUGAUGGGAUACCUUUGGAAACUGUGGAAGCACUACUGGCAAUGGAAGCAGAUGGCCAAAGUGAAGAUGUAUUGCUCUCACAAAGUGAAUUGGAGCCAUAAAUUAGAAAACUGUAUAUGCUUUCUUCUGGAAAAGACUGACUAUAUAAAAUGUAUAUUUUUCUAAUGUGAAUACUGAAAUAAUUGAAAUUUAACUUAUUUGUAAACUGUUUCUAUGCCCUGUACUUUUUUAUAACUUAUGUUUAUAUAAAUUUAGCAGCAUUGCAACCAAAAAUUCUAGAAAUAACAUGAUUAUAUUUGCUCUUCUAUGUGUUCGGGGUAGGGGAAAAUGGAAAUCUGUCAACCUUAAAACUGUUGCACUAUUUCCUUUCGUUACAUAGUUCCUUUUCUCUUUAGCCAUCCAAAAUGCAGUAAACUGUACUGCUUUUUGGCAGUGAUGUGCUGUGUACUGGCAAGCUGUGUAUGGGUAAAAUAAAAGUUAUAUUAAAAAUA